AGAUAUUAGAUAUUAAUAAAAUUGAAUUUUAACGAAUUCAUUUGUUUGACGACAAAAAUUUCUCAAUAACCUGCCAAAAUUCGUAAGUCAUGUCACCACUAAUAAAAAAUGACAAAUUAAUUAAACAUAUACCGUAUUCAGGCGUAGAAGUAGCGUAAAAAAAUUAACAACGUAAAAAUCACUUGAAAUUAGCAGAAAUGUUGCCGUUAUUUUUUCGCCCUGUUCCAAGCAAUGAAUCAAAAGGUUCGAAAGAUGCUUUUACUGAAACUGAGGUCCAGGAAUACAAAGAUUCGCUUAAAACGAAGGCGGAACAAUUGAUCAUAAAAGGCUUUCCUGAGAAGAUAAUGAAGCUUAAUGAGCUUUUGGAAACACCGAGCUUCUGCAACCGUGAACUUUCCGAUGUACAUCAGGAUUUGAAUGUCCCUAUCCCAGAUCCAAUUUCGCUUAAUCAUUCCGACGAUGGACCAGCAACAAAAAAACUGAAGCUGGAGAACAAUUUGAACGAUAUUGAGGCCAGCGGUACCAAAGUUAUGGUUCUCCCCAGCGGACCCGUACCAUGUAACAAACCACUCUGUGAACUGAUUCGUAUUGCCAAGCCGUACAUCAGGCAACUUGUCGAGGAUUCCAACCUUCUGAAAAUGUGGAUUUCGUUUAUGAUUCCAAAAAUUGAAGAUGGAAACAAUUUUGGUGUCUCAAUCCAGGAAGACACUUUAGCUGAAAUCCAAUCAGUUGAAAGCGAAGCUGCAGCAUUCUUUGAUCAAAUUUCGAGGUACUUCAUAUCAAGAGGUAAAAUUGUAAGUAAAGUAGCCAAAUAUCCACACAUCAUUGACUACAGGCGCUCGGUUCAAGAAUUGGACGAAAAGGAAUACCUCAGCUUAUGGCUGGUGAUGUGUGAAGUUCGUAACCGUUACUGUUCGUUACACGACAUAGUUAUAAAAAAUCUUGAGAAGAUAAAGCGGCCUCGAUCGACAAACGCUGAAUCCUUGUAUUAAGGAAAAAUCAACAUCGCCCUCACAUAUGAGUGCAAACUUUAUUCUAAUUUAAACCUCAGAGAGUAUGAUGUGGUAAAAAAUGAUGAACGAUAAAACUAAGAAAUCUUGCUUUUCAAUUAAAUCAGAAUUACGUUACAAACAUCUUACCACUACCACCACUACUUGAACCCUUUCAUUAUUGUAAUGUGUUCUAAAUCUAAAAAAAAAACAAAAAAAAAACUGUUUUCGCCAUGUAUGGGUUGUAGGAUCUGACCAUGUUUUAAUUUGAACUAGGUUCCAUCCACUGCAUAGAUAAGUAUAUAUAUAAACACACUUUUGCUUAUUUGCUUGCUUUUAAGCAAAUAAUUUCUGUUUAUUGCGAAAUCUAUCUCCUUUUUUCUUCAAUUAUCAAAAAGGUUAUCAUAUAUCGUUUAACUUAUCGUUCCUGUGGGGUUUGAUAUGAAAUUCGAUAUUUAUGCUUCCUGCAUGUAUGUACAUGCGAUCAGCAAUUCAGAAUCGGCAAAUUAAUUUUCUCGAGUGAUUAGUAAAUCAUGAUCGUCGACUUAAUUUAUAAGAAUUUGAGAUUAAUUAGACUCUAAAAAAUAGACAGACUCCAUUGAAUAGUAAUUAUAAAACUACGACCCAAAUCAUCAUUAUCACUCUUACUAAACCCAGAAAGAAAACUUCUUCAGCACUGGAAAAUAUAUCUAUAAUUCAAAGUAUCUUAACUUGAAGUACGUAAUUUUUUACAACAUACCCAAAAGACAUGAUAUUUGUAUUUAUUAAUAUAGGUGUGCUCUUAAUGAAGAUUUGGCAAUUGAAGAAGAACUGGAGAAGGUUUACAGAGUGAACAUUUCUUUGAUGUUCACAUUGGUAUAUUUCUUGAAAAUUUACGGUUCAGAAGUACUUUAUUUAUUUGCAACAAGAAUUCAACUGUGUCAAAAGUAAUGAAAGUACUUACAGGGCGUAGAAUAACUUGUGCCCUCUACUUUCAUCUGAUACUUUUUACCAUCAGUAUUGAGUCUACGAUUUUUUUUAUUCUGUCAGAAAUCACACAGCAAAAAUAUACCUAAAUUUCUUUCUUUCGUUAUGUCGGUAUGUAUAACGAUCAUAGAUCUGGAAGGUGUUGUGAUUGGUUUCGUCAUGGCUGAUUAUAUGGCUCUAAAUAUAAUAUACAUAUAGCAUACGUAUAACUUUUGAUUUAACCUUGUAUUUUGAAACGUGAAACGAAUAAAUGAAAAUAGAAUAAUGUAACAAUA